GUUGUGCGUGAGAGACCCAUGAGCAAAUUUACACAGCGCACCUUAGGGAGGGUCUUUCCCAGUCGUAUAUAGCAACCAGACGACGCCGUACACCGCCGUUGCCCGGUGCUCGCGAUCCCAUUGGCACGGUCGGACUACGUACGGCGCCAAAGAAAUUCAACGUAAAUCGCGCCGUGGACUAAAUAAAAAAAAACACAACUACCACGCGCCGUCUCAAAGCGGAGAGAGGUGAACUCGCGUCAAACACUCGCCCGACCCGCGUCCUGGGGAAUUUGCGUUGCGGUCCGGCCUCUUUGGUGAUCCAUCCCAUCCCAUAAACGUCCGUCAGCACCUCGGUGAGCAAGUCAGAGACAGCGAUGGCGUCACCAAACCCACAGCCCAACCACGGAGACCCCUCCAAUUCCAGCGCCCCCUACCCAACGCACGUGCAUCACAUGGAGCAGCCACCCUCGUACCCGGGCCACGCGUGGGGAGGGCCCAACCCAGCCAUGGCGCACCCGCCGGGCGCUGCGGCACCACCACCUCCAGCAGGAUGGGGUGGUGGUGGUGCGCCGACGACGAUGACGUACCCGAUGCAGACGUUCGUGACCCAGCCGCAGGCGUUCACGCAAGUGCCCGUGAUGGUGCAGCAGCAGCAGCAGCCGCUUCGCUCGCCAGACCCCGUGCGCAUCACCUGUCCGUACUGUCACGACGAGGUGACCACCAAGACGAAGAGGCGCGCCGGUUCCUACGCCUGGUCCGCCGUGGGCAUCAUUUUUCUGACCGGCUGGUUUUUUAUUCUGCCGUGGCUUUUUUGCUGGAUCCCGCUGUGCAUCCCCUCCUUCCAAGAUGUUCACCACAAGUGUCCCAAAUGCAAGAAGCACCUCUACACCCACUCGCCUAUGUGAUCGCGGCGGCCGCCUUCACGCGAGCCCACGGAUUCAAGUCGGCCGAGUGUUGUGGGGAGCAAGGAGAGCCUUCUCUACCGCCCCCCACCCACCCCACAACCGCCCCGUAAAAUUUCAAUUUAAAUCUUUCGUGACUGAAGGGAUUCAUCUUCUUGGUUCUUUCGGUGAAGUCACGUAGAAGGGAAAUAAUAAAAUAAUACAAGUAAUUUUUUAAAAUCAUGUUUUCUUAUUCUUAUUUUCUUAUUUCCCUUCUACGUGACUUUACCGAAAGAACCAAGAAGAACCGCCCCGUACUUAAUUCGUGUUUUUGAUGAUUUACCUUCGAAGAAAGAUCUGGCCAUGUCUCGCACCCCCAGAGAGGGCGUCCCCAGGGGGUGCGCAACACCCCAGCUUAAGAACCACUGGAUUAGAUCGUGUUCACUACACUCACAGAUCGCGUGUUAUCACGACACACGGACAGAAUUAAACGUGCCUUGUGCUCCCA